UUCUGUUUUCGACUUUUCAAGCUGAAUUUUAAGUUUAUUAGGAGUACCCAUCUUUUUACGCUGUCUUUGGUAAAAACGGAUGAUAUGUCUAUUAGAAACGGAGCUGCGAAAAAUGUCUAUUAAAUGUCUAUGUGUAAAAUGGCUUGGUUGUUCACUUAUGUUGGCGUGUUGGCGGUGUUGCCUCACUUGUAGACCGUCGCAGAUGUACGUACUGAAGUUGUCAAGUUGUGGUCUUUACCUUUUUAUGAUUUUAUCGUUGACUUCAUGACUUCACCCAUUUAUAAUUAAUUGCAAAUCUACCAUGACGAUGCACUUCACAAAAUGCCGAUUGCUCCGGCAAAUCCCAUCUCGUCCUUGUUUCCUCUUCCGCUGCAUUUCCACCACACCUUCGCCCAAAUCCUCACAAUGGCAGGGAGUUGUCGGACUGGAAAUCCACGCGCAGAUUGCUGCGAAAAGUAAACUCUUCUCCGGAAGCGGAACGACGUUUUCCGCGCCCACAAACACGCAAGUUUCACUAUUUGACUGCGCUACACCCGGAACGCUGCCAGUGCUGAACCGCCGCUGCGUGGAAGCUGCGGCGCUCACCGCCAUGGCGCUCAACUGCACCUUGCACCCAGUUUCCACAUUCGAUCGCAAACACUACUUCUACGCCGAUCUGCCCACCGGCUACCAGAUCACGCAGCGUUUUCAGCCCAUCGCCACCAAUGGCUGGAUGGAGUACGCCAUGUACGUUGUCGAUAGGGAUAAGGAGCCUCGAAUGCGGAAAGUCGGUAUCGAGCAGCUGCAGCUGGAGCAGGAUUCUGGGAAGAGCUUUCACAACGCAAAGGACGGCUACAGCUUGAUCGAUCUGAAUCGGGCUGGGAUCGGGCUGAUGGAGAUCAUUACGCGGCCGGAGUUCGAGAACGGGGAGCAAGCGGCGUUCUUCGUCCGUGAACUGACGUUAAUCCUGCGGGAACUGGGCGUGUGCGAUGUGAAGAUGUUCGAGGGAUCGUUGCGGGUGGAUGCAAAUAUCUCUGUCAGGAGGCCGGGAGAUCCGUUAGGAGUGCGAAGCGAGGUGAAAAAUCUCGCAAGUGCAAAAUUUGUUAACCGAGCGGUUGAUUAUGAAAUCGCCCGACAAAUUAAGCUGAAGGAAUCUGGCGGAGAAGUGGUGAACGAGACGAGAGGCUUUGACUUGUCAACCAGUACAACGUUCCCCAUGCGAGACAAGGAAAUCCUCCAGGAUUACCGUUACAUGCCUGAACCAAAUCUUCCGCCAUUGCGCCUUUUUGAUUCCUACUCGGGUCAGACUGUACCUGAACAUCAAGUGGACAUUGCUACACUGCGCACUCGUCUUCCCGAACCUCCGGCAGCCAAGCGUCAGCGCUAUAUUCAAGAACUCAAAUUAACCCCUGCGCAAGCAGUGACCCUCAUAUCGGCAGAGGGACUUCCGAAACUAUUUGAGGGGAUUCUCCAGAACGCUAAGUCACCAAAAACCACCCCGACCAAUGUGGCGAAGCAUCUGCUCACUGUGGCUUUGGCAACACUGAACGAUCUGCACGACACUCUCGUAAAUCGGCAGGUGGACGCGCAGCAGGUGGCUGUUCUGAUCGAUAUGUUGCACGAGGAAAGACUUCCUCGAGUGAUCUUUGUCAAAUUGUUGGACCAGUUGGUUAAACAACCUGAUGAAAUCAGGGAUGUGGAGGAGCACGUAAUACGGAACAAUUUUCUUCAAGUGAACGAUGAAGCAAGACUUGGAGCGUGGUGUGAUCAAGUUAUAUUGUCUCAUCCGGACAAAGUUGAACUCGUUCGUAAAGGCAAGGAUCGUGUGUUGAACUUUUUAACCAAUGAAGUUAAAAUUCUCUCUGAAGAUAGAGCCAAUUUGAGACAGACGAAAGUACUUCUGGACAAGAAGGUACGCGGUGAUGGACCUGUUAUUUUAAAUGAAGAUAAGGUGAAAUAAGCUAAUCGAUGUCAAGUACUUUAAAAUGCGAGUGCCGAUCCCAUUUGAUUUUGUACGUACAGUACGAUCGCGUGUUUGAAUGCACGGGUUGAGUUUCUAAAUAUCUCUGAAAUGUACAGGAGUUGCGGCAGUUUUCUGUGAUACCGUUGAGUUGCAAAAAGAAUAUUCUCGUAAACUGUAUGGCGUUUUGCAAUAAAUUUUGCUCUUGCUGUUUAGCACUAAAUACGGCGUGUAUCUCGCAUCAGUGUGUCGAAGUUGUGUCGACGUUGCUAA